CACGGAGACCCAAACUAGCUGUCUCCCUGGUGCUGUCUCUCCUCCCACUGGAGCGCACCUUUUUCUUUCUUGCCGGGAACAGAGUGCAAGAAAGCAGCAGCAGCAACAACAAUUCCAGUCUCGAGACUUAGCAAGACUUACAUACGCACAAAAGCAGGCUGCUCCACCAGAGCCAUUUGCUCACCUGUCUGCAAACAUAACUCAUGUCUCAAACUCUCACUCAACCAAAGCUCUCUGGAAAGAAGUCUCAAACAGAAAUUUAACCUAACGAAGAUAUUCAAACCAAAGGAGGGGGGGGGGGAUUUUAAGAAGUCAAACAUGAAGACCUCAACUCGUCUCCUACAGUUUUCAAUGUUUUGAAGCUUAAGAAUUUGAAGGAACAUUGCAAAUAAUUUUGUUUUUUGUCAGCAGACACAUUUGUCCUUAAAAGAAGACCUGAUUUCAUGUGGACUGCCAAAGCAGGGAAAAUGCUAAGAAACUUCUCAUAGCAAUGUACUUGGGGGAGAUGAAGGGAGAGACCCAUUUUGGAUGGGGACACUUUCCUUUCCUCCCUUCUUUUAUAGUCACCUAUGCUUUCUCUCCUCUAAGAAGGGAGGCAGAAAAGUAACCAACCCUUUUUUUUCCUCACGGCUUUUAAAAGAUACUUUACCUAAGAGUGAACAUUAUUCUUAAGAGAAGGAAAGUUUGCCGGAAAUAAAUGAGAGAGUACAGAAGCCCCUGUGCCUGAUAUAUAACACAGACUGUAGGCAGAGACUCUCACCUCUGUGCCUGAAGUGUGGGAAUCUUACUUUUUUUAAAAAAAGAAGAAGACUCUAUUUCAAUGUGUCUGGAACUUCUGGGGAUUGGAGUCGGCAUGAAUUUCGGAGUGCUUUUGGUGUGUUUUUGGUACCUGCCACUCAUCAGCAGUGAGGGAGACCCCAUCCCUGAAGAGAUAUAUGAAAUGCUGAGUGACAGCUCGGUGCGCUCCAUCAGAGAACUCCGGCAGGUCCUGCGGAUAGACUCCGUAGAAGAAGAUAGCUCCAAUUCAUACCUGAACGCCACCAAAAUACAUCCUGAUCAAAAUCCUGUUCCUUUUUCCCGAGGGAGACGAAGUCUUGGUGGAGAAGAACCUGUAGAGGCAGCAGUAAUUGCUGAGUGCAAGACACGGACCGAAGUGUUUGAAAUCUCCCGGAGCAUGGUGGAUCCCACCAAUGCCAACUUCCUUGUGUGGCCACCAUGUGUGGAAGUGCAGCGGUGUACAGGCUGCUGCCACACGCGAACCAUACAGUGUCGCCCCACGCGGGUUCGUGUGCGACACGUCCAGGUAAGCAAGAUAGAAAUUGUCCGCAUGAAGCCAGUCUUUAAGAAAGCCAUUGUGGCCUUGGACGACCACCUGGAGUGUCGAUGUGAGGCAGUAUCAUCCCGGCUUCUCAUUCGGGCAAAUUCACGUGAGCACAGAGGUGGGCCUCCACUCGGCACUGUGACUUCUCUUCCAGCAAGGGCACGAGCGCAACGGUUACUGCCACGAAAGAGGAAGCAUCGGAAGUUCAAGCAUGUGAACGAUAAGAAGGCGCUGAAAGAAAUCUUCCCAGCAUAAUAGAGAUGCUGGCAGGCAAAAGUGCAAAUGUCAGGUUUAUUAUUUAAUAUCUUUGCUGUAUUGCCCCCAUGGGGUUCUCAGAGUUUCUCUCCGUCCAUCCGCCUCAAUGCUAUUUUGGACGGCAAAUGGUGCUUCCUGAUCCCUUGCUCGCCGGACGUUCUCCCAUCAAAGUUGACCCUUCGAGUUCUUAACUGCAUUUCAGCAUACUCCCAAAGGAAGAAGACUGGGGUGGGGAAUAAAUGGCAGAACAUGCAGCAAUUUGGAUGGACAAUAUGCUUCCUGCCACAGCAAACGUAUUGGAUAUGUGGCAAAGACUUGUGGUGCCGAUCUCCCUUUGAAAGGCAGUGAGGGGAACAGGAGGAGAAGAAAGGCCCUUUCCCUCCUUUUCCUUCUUGUUCCCAUCCAGGAGUUAGCUGGGCUCAGGCUGUUUACAGUGCCAGGGGGCACAAGUCAAGGCAGUCAGAGUGACAACCAAUGACAGCAAAUGCACUAAAGACUUCUGAUGUCAUGUCUAAAUAGAUAUUUUUAAUGUGUGUAUGUAUAUUUUAUUUUUUAAAACCACUAAACAUGCCAUGCCUUGGAGACCAGAACCAAUGAGAGCAAGAUACAUGUGCCCAAGACCUCCUGCUGUCAACUGGAUGGAGUGUGGGGGACAGUGAACAGGAGGGGAGCAGCUGUACUGUAGAGGAACCACUGCACCCAUCUAUCCAGGGAUCUCCUUGGAUCAAAGAGGCCUUCUUUGCACAUGGUUAUGAGGAGAAGGACUUGGGUUAUCCUGUUUCCAAUCUCCUAUUUCAGUUGGAAUUUGGCAUUGUUCAUUUUUUGUAUGGUUCGCUGUGAGGUUUUGUGAAUGGUUUUGCAUUCAGUAAAGUGAAGGUUACAACCACUGGAUAAACUGGGGCUCCUAACCUAUCUGGUCUGUUACCCCUGUGGUUGCUGCUCCCAUGGCUGCUAGAAAGAGACUGGUUUUUAGGAGAAGGGGCUAUAACUGUAUCACAACAUCCUCGCUGAACAUGAGCAAUCAGUGUAACUUCUCUAUAGGAUCUUAAGUACCAGUGUGAACAGAGUCACCUCCUUGAGACCAUGGAAAGAUCAUGCUAAUCAGGGUAAACCAGGUCUAAGCAACUUGAGGCCCUCCAGAUGUUUGGUCCACCCCAUCAUACCUCACUUUUGGCUGUGCUGGCUAGGACUGAUGGGAAUUGUAGCCCAAAACAUCUGGAGGCCUACUGGGACAAACAGUAGGGCAAUCUUACCCAGUCUGGUUACUUCUUGAUGUUUUGGACUACAGUUCUCAUUAUUCCUGAUCACUGGCCAUGCUGGUUGAGGCUGUUAGGAGUUGCAGUUCAAAAUAGCUGGUGAGCACCAGGUUGGAAAGGCUUGAUGGGUUGUUGGUGUGACUCAGUCACAUAUAUUAUAUCAUCAGCCCAACCCAUAUCAUAAGUGUGCCUUUUGCGUGACCUUUAUUUAUGGCCACUGUUAUUACCAGCUCUCCUCUGGCACAGCAAUUAAUGGGCAGAUGUUUCAAAUGCUAACCAUAUUAAUAGCCUCAGGUUAACAUCCUCUGAUCUGACAAAAAUGAAGUUGUGUAAAGCCUCCUGACAGCCAUAAGAGAUUCUACAACUCUGUGUGAUGCAUCACAUAGAUUUAUUCUCAAAUGCCAAGAGAAACUGGAUAUCUUUGCACCUUACCCAGCACUUCUAGUGCUGUCCAACCAGAGCUCCUGGACAGGGAUCCAGCUGGUAGCAUCCAGUAGAUGUGGCAGAGGCAAAGAAGGCAAACAGGAUGAACUUGCCGUCAUUAACCACUUGUGCUAUGUUAAUCUUCUAUGUUUCCCCUGUUCUCCUACAUUUCAUCUCUCCAAGCCUUAGACCGGUUAACUCUUUGAAAGGCUCACAAGCUAUUCCAGAUCACUAGUGAUUGAGAUUCACAGACAAUUUUGUGUGACUGGAGAGAGUGAAACAGUGAGCCUAUUUUCAGGAACUAUUAGAAAAAAAUUAAUAAAAAGGAAACAUGUUCACCUUAUCUGAGAAAGAAAAGGGACUAGUCACCUACAUAUAUUUGGAGAGUUCGUGGGGAGAGUAGAGAAAGAUGAAACAAGUGAUGCUUUCUAGGUUUUACUUUCCAUCUACCUCUUUAGCUCCUUUCAUUCACUGUAUUAUCUUGUUGCAAAAGAGGAAGGGGGGAAGCAUUGGGGUUAAAUUGAUGCCCUUUGUCUAAGGCAGCCUACCCCCAGCCUAGUGCCCCACAAAUAUGUUGGACUGCAACUCCUAUCAUACCACUAUGAUGAGAAUUGUAGUUCAACACAUCUGGAGGCUUCUAGGUUGGGGGAAACUGGACUUCAAUUUGGGGGUUUAAACCCCUCCGUCCCAUAUAAUCUCUCCUCUGCCUGCUUCAGCUGUUUCUCCAGUUCCUGGCCUAUAGUUUUAAGCAAGGUAAAAUGCACCUUGAAGGGACCUUGACAUUUGCAAAAAAAAUAAAAAAAUCCAACUGCAUUCCAAGUAGACCAGGUGAUCUGAUAUGGGGUGGAGCCCAGUAGUUACACAUUUAUGUUUAUUACAAGGAGAUUGUACUAUACAAUCCUGCCUGAGGAGAUGAAGCCGUGCAAACCUUUGGCAGGGGGUGAGGAUGGAGGAAAAGAAGGAAUAAGCCUUCUAGCAAUCACUUAAAAAUAUAGGGGGGAAAUGCUAAAUGCAUUUUUAAAUAAAUAAAUAAGUUUAAAUUUGCCUGAGGUCCAGGUCAGAUCUAAAAUAAAAAUGCUGCAAGAUUGGCUCAAACAGUUUUGUGGCACGAGGUGAAAGUAUAUCCUUUGUGGACCAUUCAGUUGUAUGGAGUAAAGUAAAUUGUAUUUCCACUCCAUUCACUUGUAGAUAUUGAAGGGAAAAGGGAAACCUGGGGGUGGGGGGUGGGGAGAGGUGGGCAGAAUUUUUCUCCAUACCUCUUGUCUGAAGGAGACGAGGGAUUAUUUCCUCCCUUUGAGUUGUAUUUGGUGCUCCUGAAAUUCAGCUCCAGGAUGCCGUUUCUUGUGCUAUAUUUUUCAACCUUCCCUAUCCUGGUGCCUGCCAGAGGAAUUGGACUAAAACUACCAUCAUCCUCAGCAAUCGGGCCAUGCUGGCUGGGAAUGACUGGGCGUGUAAUCCAACUCAUCUGGAGGGUGCUGGUUUGGCGAAGGCUUACCUAUUGAACUGGGUUGGCCCAGUUUUCCCUCACAGAGAAGUCCAUUGUCAUUAACUGGCAAAACUGCUUAGUAGCCUCUAGCAAAUUUCUUGCAUUUAGCAGUAUAGUCAGACUUGACUGGCAAAUAAAUAAAUAAGGGCACAAUCCUAUUCAUGUUUAGACAGAAAAAUGUCCUAU